ACAACUUAUGGGAGCUGAUUCUUUUCCACCAUGUGGGUCACAGGGAUCACACCCAGGUUGUCAGACUUGUGACAUAAUCCUUUACCUUCUGAGCCAUCAAAUCUGCCAGAAACUACAUUUCUGGUCAGCUCCCAGAUGCUGCUGCUGCAGGUCUGUCGAAUUAAUCUAAGUAGACAAGAUUCUGGAGCCAGGUUUCCUGAAGGACUGACAGAUUUGCAAAUACUACUGUGCCUCAGUUUCAUGGUAUGCAAAAUAAAGCCCAACUCGGUCCAUCCCUGUUAUGCACCUUAAAGUAUGAGUGACCCAACUCUGCUGCUAUUACCGCAUUCCCUAGAGCAAUGAAGUAGGGUGCAUAAGUGAAUGAAUGAAUACAUUUGGCCACCAGUUCUUUCCUGGGUAGCUAGAGACACGACAGGGCCCAUUGAUGGGGAAGAACGCACCCUCCCAGAAAGUUCUCUCCACCUUCUUGGUCAGGAGGGCCCUGAGGGCCCGGAAGCCUGCAGGCGGGCGCUCAGCGGACCAAUGGGGCUGCGGGGAAGGAGGGGAUAGCGCCCGCCAGCCCUUUCCGUCCGCGGCCCCGCCCCCUUGGAACGUUGUGACGUCGGAGCAUUCCACGGUUGCUACAUCGUCGCGAGGGGCGGGGCGCCUGUCAGGGAAGCGGUGCGCGCGGGUGGCGGGCGGGCUGGGGCUUCUCCGUACAGUGCCAGCGCCAGCGCCAGACCCGCCCGCACCCCGCGCUCUCCCUCGUGCGCGUCGCCUCUCCAAGGACUUGCCAGCACGCACUCCUGCUCUCUCCCGUGAGCCGUCGCAGGAUGGAGCUGCUGUGUUGCGAGGGCACCCGGCACGCGCCCCGGGCCGGGCCCGACCCGCGGCUGCUGGGGGACCAGCGUGUCCUGCAGAGCUUGCUCCGCCUGGAGGACCGCUACGUGCCGCGAGCCUCUUACUUCCAGUGCGUGCAAAAGGAGAUCAAGCCGCACAUGCGGAAGAUGCUGGCGUACUGGAUGCUCGAGGUGUGUGAGGAGCAGCGCUGUGAGGAGGAUGUCUUUCCUCUGGCCAUGAACUACCUGGAUCGCUACCUGUCCUGCGUGCCCACCCGAAAGGCGCAACUGCAGCUCCUGGGUACGGUCUGCCUGUUGCUGGCCUCCAAGCUGCGCGAAACCACGCCCCUGACGAUUGAGAAGCUUUGCAUCUACACCGACCAAGCCGUGGCUCCCUGGCAGUUGAGGGAAUGGGAGGUGCUGGUCCUGGGGAAGCUCAAGUGGGACCUGGCUGCUGUGAUCGCUCACGAUUUCCUGGCUCUGAUUCUGCACCGCCUUUCUCUGCCCAGUGACCGACUGGCCUUGGUCAAAAAGCAUGCCCAGACCUUUUUGGCCCUCUGUGCUACAGAUUACACCUUUGCAAUGUAUCCUCCAUCCAUGAUCGCCACAGGCAGCAUUGGAGCUGCAGUGCAAGGCCUAGGUGCCUGUUCUAUGUCUGGAGAUGAGCUCACAGAGUUGCUGGCAGGAAUCACAGGCACUGAAGUGGACUGCCUGCGGGCUUGUCAGGAGCAGAUUGAGGCUGCGCUCAGGGAGAGCCUCCGGGAAGCUGCCCAGACGGCCCCCAGCCCGGUGCCCAAAGCCCCCCGGGGCUCCAGCAGCCAGGGGUCCAGUCAGACCAGCACACCCACAGAUGUCACCGCCAUCCACCUGUAGCUUGGGACAGGCCCCCUCAGGUGGCCACCAAGCAGAGGAGGGGUCACUGCCACCCCCUCCCUUCCUCUUGGAACAAUCCAUGCCAUAUCUGAAGCCCGAGGGGGGCCCUUCCCCUCACAAAGCCCAAGGGGCCAGGUCCUGCCUAUCCCCACAGUGUGCACUAAGGUGCUGGUUGGCCAGGAGGGCUCUGCAUGGCCAGUCAGCGCCUCCUCCUUCCCACGUGACCGGCUUGGCUGUUCGGGGGCCAUGCUGGUCCGAGAAAUUCAAACAGGUAAAACCCACACACCAGCAUUCCUUUUUGAGUCCCUCCUCUCUCCGGGGCUCUAAUCUUCUCAAUUGCCAAAAUGCCCCAGUACCUUUCAAAGGCGUUGCCCCCACUAGGGUCAGUGCGUUUGGGUUGGGGUCCUUCGGGCAUCCUGAUAGACACGCACGAAGAGCCAAAUCGAUGGCUGCCGUAUAAUCCAUGCUCCCAGCUGCUCUUAGAGGGAGGAGCCUAGGCCUUGGUCAGAGGGGCAAGAACCUACAAAUUUCUAGCUCUGCUUCCUGCUUAGCUUCUGUGAUUGAAGGGUCUUGAGGGGUGCUGGUGGUCAUUUUAAUUUAUUGCUUUGAAUACAACUGUAAGAGGGUACAGUGAGGCCUGUACCCCACAAGCAGUGGUAACCCUGGCGGUUGCUAUUUUCUUCCCCUCUGCUACCGCUUUGUGGUCCAGGAGCUGCUACAGCCUGGGAUGGGGCCAUGCCUUCCUCUCCUGAGGCUCUGCACCUCAUCUUCCAGCAGAGGGUUGAAGCAGGGGUGGAUGCUCUGGAGGUGACAGAGCCUAUCUGGAGAGGUCGAGCCCUGUUGACACAGGUCUUUCCUUAGGCCACAAGGUUUGGGCUGGUGGCCCAUUUCUAUCACGCUGCCUUAAUAAAAAUUCCGGAACAAAGCUGGC